CAAGCGAGCUCCACAUCUACCAUUUUAUUUUCUUGUGACAGUUCACAGUGUCUUCCCUUUUCUCUCAAGCACCUAAUUUUCUAAAUUCUAAAAAUGGAGAAAGAUCGAGAAGUCAAACUCACUCAGAUGAAGGAAUACAUUCAGGGACAAGGAUCUUCGGUAGAGAAGUAUGGAGAUCCAACACUAGAGAGGUUCUUGGUAGCAAGAUCCAUGGAUCCAAAGAAAGCUGCAAAGAUGUUCGUUACAUGGCAAAAAUGGAGGGCUUCUUUUGUACCACUAGGGAUCAUUCCCGAUUCUGAAGUUCUCGACGAAUUGAAACCUAAAAAGAUCCUUCUUCAGGGAUUGUCCAAGACCGGACGUCCUGUUACGAUUCUUCUCGCUAGGAAGCAUUAUCCUUCUAAAGAUCAGCACCAAUUCAAGAAAUAUAUUGUCCAUGCCCUUGACAAAGUAAUUGCAAGUGGAAUUAGAGGCAAAGAAAUUGGAAACGAGAAGAUGAUUGUGAUUAUUGAUCUGCAACAGAUAAAUUACAAGAACGUCGAUGCUCAUGGGUUGAUAUCCGGAUUUCAGUUUUUACAGGCCUACUACCCAGAACGCUUAGAACGAUUAUACAUAUUAAAUAUGCCUCGGUUCUUCGUCAAAGUUUGGAAGAUGAUAUCUUAUUUCAUUGAGAAACCUACAUUGGACAAGAUUGUUAUUGUAACAAACGAUGAACAAAGACAACGCUUCAUUGUGGAAGUCGGGAAAGAGGUGUUACCCGAAGACAUUGGUGGUGAAGCGAAGCUUGUUGCGCUUCAAGAGGUCGAAGCGCCUCCGCUUGAGUGUUAGAUCGAUCGACAAGGCUGUUGGUAACUAAAUAAAUUUGUAACAUGGCUUGCAUUUUAUAUCAACUUGGUUACCUUCAUGAUGAGUUUUGUUACAAUUAAAAAACAAGUUGGUUAGCUUCUUCACCUUAAAUACAUAAUAAGUUUGUCGCCA